AUGCCCUGGCCGUUCCCGGAGAAACCGUGGUCACGGCUGCAUGUGGACAAUGCCGGUCCUUACAUGAACACCUAUUUUUUUAUCGCAGUCGAUGCGUUUUCGAAGUGGAUUGAAGUGUUCCCGGUCUCUAUACCCUCGGCUGAAGCAACUAUUUCCUGCAUGCGCAUUAUGUUCGCAAACCAAGGCCUUCCAGAUGUGGUCGUGUCGGAUAAUGGGCCAGCAUUUACCAGUGAGCUUUACUCCACAUUCCUCAAGAAAAACGGGGUGAGGCAAAUGCUGGUGCCGCCGUAUCAUCCAGCGUCAAACGGUGCUACAGAGCGGGCCGUGCAGACUGUCAAAAACAAGUUGUGGAAGGCUGGCCCUGGAGAUUUUCGCACUCAAAUUGCCCGCAUGCUCCUGACAUACAGGUCAACGCCUCACGAGGUCACGGGUUGCUGUCCGUCGGAGCUGUUGUUGGGGCGGAAGCUGAGGACUGCGUUGGACCUGCUACACCCAGACCUCAAGACCAAGGUGCUACAGAAGCAACUUAAGCAGAAAAUCAGAUGCGACCGAGGAACAAGACCCAGGGUUUUGGGCCACCCGGGUGACCAGGUGUUCGCAAGGAACUUCCGUCCAGGACCUGCGUGGCUCCCUGUAGUCGUCACCGAACAACGCACUUCGUCUAUGGAUCUUCUACUGGAAGACAGACGACGGUUAACUCGACAUCUGGAUCUCACCCGCCAGGCCCCUGAGGAACUGAGUGCAAACAACCAAAGGUCAGGCAGCCCGAUAUCUAACGGUAUUGCUCCAAGCUUGGACGUGGGUCAGACGCAGCUAACUGGUCUUGCUCCAGGCUUGGACGUAGGUCAGAGGCAGCAGCUAUCUCCGGAUCAUCUUCACGACACAGAGUCUAGGCAAGAUCCCAGGGAAAACGUGGCGAGGGAACCGGAACUUGCUGUCACAGCACCCAGUACUCCUGUCCUGCGUCGAAGUACCAGAAUUCGACGACCAGUAUCGUGCUACGCACCUUAA